ACGGUUACAGACGACAAUGGGGUGUGAUCCAAAUGGGCGGCAGUAAAUCAGUCACGCCACGGUCAAAACAUUGGGGUGAAAAAAAUGUUCUUCACAAUCCUAUCAUCGGAUGCGCACCGGUUGACAUCAAACAUGAAAAAGAUGCAUAUCAUUUAGUUAUAAUGCAAAUAUGUGUAUUCUACUGCAAGCAAGAGAUGUAGUUUACCGGUAUCUUUGAAAUAUUUUACACCCUUGCAAUAAACCGCAAGGGACAGAGGAUCCAUUGAAUAUUGAGGAGCAAGCAAGGUAGGCGACAGAAUUUGAGGUUAUUGACGGUCAUAGCCCUAUUCUAUCCAUGAAAUCUUGCACCAAUUAGUCACCGAGUUAUCCUGCGUGAAGGUGUUCUGUUUUGACCAAAAUAUGUUAUCUUUACUGCGAAGGCUAUAAACUGAAGAAAUUACACAUAUGUUAUUUAACCAUGCUGGAAAAGUAGUCUGAUCGGUGACCAGAGUAUGGUUCUACAGCUGACAGACUGUUUAUAAUACGGACCAAAUGUUCAAGCCAUUUCUUUUUGAUCAUACCCUAUUGAUGUGCCUACUAAUCUCAAAGAAUACAAUAGGAUGGAGACAGUAUGUGGUAAAGGAGGGACAUUGGAUGGUGACAUGCUGAUGGUCAUCGUUAAACAAGAGGAAGAAGACCAUAUGGAGCAGAUGUCCAAUGGUCCACUGUCAUCUGACACGCUCAUCAAACAGGAGCAAGAAGAGGGCCUAGAACAAGGCACUACAGCUCCAGGCGACCAACUCCCUGAGGAAACAGACACCCUGGAAGAAGGAGGAGGAAGGGAAAGACUGAAGAGAGGUGCUGGUCUACUGUUGAGACUGAGGAUGUCUCUGGGUCAGACUCCAGUUGGUGCUGCAGACUGUGUCAGCGCUGCUUCAGUUCCUCCUGGCAGCUAACGGGACACUUGUACUGGCAUCGCGGGGGAGGACGGGGUCGCCCACGGCCACAAGGUCAAACUGGAGUUCCAGUGCCCAGUGUGUGGCGACCGCUUCCUCCGCCCCACAGCCUUCAUCAUGCACAAGCGCAGUCACAUGGGCCAGUCCCAGUACGUCUGUGGGGUCUGUGGACGGACGCUCAAGAGCCUGCGCAAGCUGGUCUCCCACAAGCGCUCACACUCCCGCCGCCGCAGGACUGUGGCUGAACGACAGCAGUGCCAUGACUGCAGCCAGAGCUUCCGAAACCUGAUGGCACUCAGAAAACACCGGGAGAGACAGCACGGAGAGGAGAGGAAUUGGAAAGAUGAGGACAGGGCAGUGAGAGAGGAAGAGGAGGGAAGCACUGCAGUAAUCUCUAAUGAUUCAACCAGAGUUUCAGCCCAGCCUCCCCAGUCUACUCAGUGCCACCAGUGUUUCAUGACCUUUCAGGAUGCAGAGACAGAAGAGAGGCAUUUACGCUUCAAGCACCCAGUAGAGUAUGAGAGACAUCUCAGAGGUCGCACAGUGUUUGCCUGCUGUGUCUGCGACCGUACAUUCCCCUCCUCCUGUCUGCUCUCAGCUCACCAACGCACCCACAGCAAGUGGAGUCUGCCCCCCACUGGACCAGAAGACUCUGUCCAAGAAAGCACAGACGGAGGAGAGGCUGAGGGUAUGGACAAUGAAAAAAACAGAGCUGGUCCAAUGAGCUGUGAGCACUGUCAUAUCAUCUUCAAUGACCCUCGAACCUGGGAACGUCACAUGACGGCCAAGCACCCCCCAUCCCUGUCGACACCUACUUCACCAGGGAAUGCCUACCUGACUUCUAGACCUGCCAGGGGUCAACUACGACCCUAUCGCUGCUCCUCCUGUGGAGAGAGAUUCAUACAGGAAAGCACCCUGACCAAACACUGCACCGAGGCACACGCCAGCUGAGAGAGGAUGGUUCUGGGAGCAUAGAUACCAAGAUGAAGAGGACAAGAGGCAAGUUGGAGUGAUAUAUAUAGGAGUGUUUUCCAGGAGGGCCUUGACUAACUAUUUACCAAGUUGUUUAAUGAAGAAAUGACGUGUCACUUAGGAUAAAUCAAAUAUCAUUUCAUUGUAGGCCUUAGUGUCAACCCUUAUGUCAACUUUCUCCAACACCAACAGAAUCCUCACAAAAUAUAUUUUGAAUUAAUAUCUCUUCUAGGGCUGUGAUGAUACCAGUAUCGCAAUAUUUUUUCCAUGGCAAAAAUUAAAACAUGAAGCAGACCAGACACUUUGGUCCUUUUAUUUUCCAAGCUAUAGCUUUGAAAAUAAAUACAUGUGAUUCUGGAUAAAAACAUAAUGAUGUUUGUUUCCAACUUCAAGGCUGUUUCCCCAAAGAAGUUAAAUCCACUUCGUGUUUUGUUUCCUUGUCACGAUACUGGUAUCGUCCCGGCCCUAACAACUUGAAAAGCACCGUGUCAAAAUGGAGUAGUUUUCAAAAUAAAAGCCUGACCAUAUUUAUUAGAG